AUGCCUGUGCCAGAUCCACGGGCGGGACAGGCAUUCAUCUGUCUCAUUACCUUAUUCCUGUUCCUAUCAAUCGCUGUCGGAGGCGGUUGUCUAAUUGCAUACACAGUCCUUCCUUACCCACCGAUUUGGCUCUCUUACCUCGGCAUUUUCUUUGUUUGUCUCCCUUGGUUGUUUUGGAUCCUGACCUUUGGAUACCGCAUUGUUUCACGCACGUUUGGAUUUAGGAUGGUCAUUGGGUCCGGUGGUAAUAAUAACAACGCGACUGGAGAGGACAUGCCACGCGAUCUUGACCCUCCUGAUCAAUCUUUAGAGCCUCAUGAUGAUGAUCCCGAGGCAGUAGCUCACCCACAAGGCCAAGUUCUAGUGUCGAAUGAUGGGAAUCAAUCCAAGAAACGAACGUCAACCUCCAGCAAUUCUACUGUCGGUUCGCAUGAAAGUGAGAUGCCACUAGCCAUUUCUAUGGGCUCAUGA